AUCGAACACAUAAUGGACAAAUUCAAGUGCCAUUAGCACCAAAAUACAACAAUCAUAAUCAUCACCAAUCAGGAAAACCACACAUCACACCAAACUUCCCAACAUAUAUCGAUGCAAAGUACGAAGAAUUUCGAAUUUGGUAUUCCACCGCAACAAAAUACUGUUACUGGAAACGACUAGGAAAACGCGCUUCAUUGCAGCGACAAAAUUUCGCACAGAUAAUCUUGAAAAAACUCGAUGAACUCGAAAUAUGUCUACGUGAGAAGCAAUUAAUGGAGGGUCUCCAUGAUAAUGAUCCGAUUGUGGUGAAUCGCCUAAAGAAUUUGGAGAGAAGUCAAGUGUUUUGGCAGGUUUUUUUGGGAAAAGGUGUUUUUAUCGAUUUACAUAAUGAACCAAUUUUUGAAAAAUGGUUUUAUUUGGAUUGGGAUCAACAGUUUGGGUGUAAUAAUAAGAAUUGUUGUUGUGUUGGUGGAAAGGCAAAGUGA